AUGUCAAUGAUUUUACAGGGCCUGAUGACUGGCCUAAUCUACACAAGACCCGAUGACGCUGUAAAAUUUCUCGAGGACUGCAUAGUAAAGAUACGCACAACACCUGGCAUCGAAAUGCGUUGGGACAUGUUCCUGGGACCCGAAGCAGGAACCACCACAAAAAACUAUCCACCUGGUUCUCCAUAUCUUGACGAAAAACCCACACCACCUGUACCCAAGAAACGGACGCCAAAAAGUCAAGAACCACGACCGGCAACAGCUGAAACUACUCAAGCCGAAGUAAUAACUAACGCCAUAGAGGAGCAGGGAGAAGAAGUCAGCGACAUCAUCUCAAGAGAACCGUCUAGAACCAACACAGUUGAGCAUCGAACUCCAGAGCCGAGGGUGCAUUCAGAGGAAGACAUGGUUAUCCAUCGUGUCCCAUCUGUCACACGUGCUGCUGAAGUUGCCAAGAUCCCUGAUGUCCCAAUAAUCCUUUUCAUGGGUACUAUCAAUAUCCCUUUUCAUGCCUAUUCCCAUUUUUCAGGAGGUCCCGGUGGUGGAAAAACCAGGCAUGCUGCCCGUGUAGCCGACUCAUUGGCUGACAGCGGUUUGGUGCACAUAUGCAUGCCGGAUGUCAUUCGAACGGCACUCGGAAAGUAUAAAGAUAAGUAUCAGGAAUGGAAGGAUGCUAACGAUCUUUAUAUGAGAGGUGAGCUGAUUCCAAAUGAGUUGGCAUUGAAUCUUCUGAAAGCAGAGAUGGGACGAUUCCCAGAUGCGCUUGGUUUCUUCCUGGAGGGUUAUCCAAGAGAAGCACGACAAGUGGAAGAUUUUGAGAGACAGGUGAAGUCUGUUAACAUGGCAUUGAUACUAGACUAUGACGAGCGAACACUUCGUGAUCAUAUGGAAAGGCGGGGGCUUGGCAUGGAAAUUAUUGAUCAGAAGAUAAAGGAAUUCAAGCAGAAAACGCUGCCGUCCGCAAAGUACUUUGAUGAUCAGAAGUUGCUUCACUUGAUUCCGGGUGAGAAAGACGAUCAAGUGAUUUACGAGAAAAUGAGGGGAUUGGUGCUCAAAGCUAUGGAGACCGGAGUUCCAGUACUGGCGGCUCUUCCGCCGAUGGGUGCCGACAGAAGUCACCUCAUUUCACCCCAGGCUGCUGAGCCAGUUGUGCCGUCCCCAAUUAUGGCAGAGUCAGAACUGGCCAAUAUGUCGCUGGACACAAAUGUGGUCAACCACGAGAGCAUCAAUCAUGACUUGUCGACGUCAGCGAUUCGAGAACCACGGUCUGUUGCACAACCACCUCCACACUCAUCCGGGUCGGGUGCGCCAAACGGAGACGUAGAGCCACAUGCCCCUGACACACCUGCUGUUCAGACGCCCGACGAGAGUAGAGCCACUUCCACUGCCAGAUCAAGAGAGUCGGCAAGGAAAGAAAUCACUGCCACACCAGAUCGAACUCCAACUGGAGAGUCUGCAAAAAAUCAUAGCUCAAAUGGCACAUUGGAUACUGCUUCUGUCGCCGAAUUGGGAGAGCCAGUUGGUCUUCCAAAUAACGCUCCUGUCAUUUUAGUAUUGGGUGCUCCUGGCUCGCAAAAGAAUGAUAUCAGUCGACGGAUUGCUCAGAAAUAUGAUGGUUUCACUAUGCUCUCAAUGGGUGAAAUCUUGAGGAAGAAAAUCAACAACGAGAAAAAUGAUGAAAUGUGGGAGAAGGUGGCAACGAAGAUGAACAAAGGAGAUGCCAUUCCUACGAAACUCUGCCGACAAGUGUUGUACGAAGAGCUCCAUUCAAGAGGGUCAUCCAACUGGGGUUAUGUGAUUGAAGGAUAUCCAAAGUCACCGGAUCAGCUUGUGGAUUUAGAACAUGCGCUUCAACGAACUGAUUUGGCCAUCCUCAUUGACUGCACUGAACAAUUUUGCGUUGAAGUCAUCAACCGUAGAGGCCAAGAGAACAAACGAUCAGAUGAUGACCCAGAAGCGGUUCGUGCAAGAAUGGAGUAUUUCAAAAAGAACACGCUCCCAAUGCUCAAAACGCUGGAUGACAAGGGCAAAUUGCGAGUGGUGAGACAUACGCAUGUGACGGUGGAUGGAGACGCUGAUCCGGAUACUGUAUUCAAGGAGGUAGUUCAAGUCAUCGAUCGGUCUUUGUUCAUUGAAGGUUGA